AUGUCUACAAAACUGAGCUAUCCACUAGAAAUCGAUGGUUCUCUUGAUAAUACCCUCAAUUAUCGCCAUGCUGCAUUCGAAGAAGAGAAUGAUGGAUUACUACCAGUAUCCAAUCAAGACAUUAAAUUGAAACCACUAGUUACACCAAAGAAACCACCUCAACAAUCACAAUCACUAGCUCCACGUGACAGGAAAGCAUUUAUAAUACUUGUUUUGUUGUAUUUACUACAAGGUGUACCUGUGGGAUUAGCAUUUGGAUCGAUUCCAUUUAUUUUGAAAAGUAAAUUGACAUAUUCUGAAGUGGGGAUCUUCUCAUUAGCGGCAUAUCCAUAUUCUUUAAAAUUGUUAUGGUCGCCCUUUGUUGAUUCAAUGUAUUCAAGGAAAUUUGGAAGAAGAAAAUCUUGGAUUGUACCGAUUCAAACUAUAUCUGCAUUUAUUUUGAUGUAUUUAGGAUACAUUAUUGAUUCAUUAGUUGAUUCACCAAAACAACAUUUGAACACCAUUACAUUUUAUUUUUUUGUUUUGGUUUUAUGUUGUGCUACUCAAGAUAUUGCUGUUGAUGGAUGGGCGCUUACUUGCUUGUCACCAGAGAGUUUAUCUUAUGCGUCAACGGCACAAACUAUUGGAAUAAAUUGUGGAUAUUUUUCAAGUUUCACCAUUUUCUUAGCAUUGAGCUCACCUGAUUUCGCCAACAAGUAUUUACGUAAGGUACCGCAAAGCCAAGGAUUAUUCACAUUGGGCCAGUACUUGACAUUUUGGGGAUGGAUGUAUUUGAUCAUCACGGGACUAUUAUUGUUAAUUCCUGAGGAUCCACCCCAUUUGGUCGACUUAAACAAAGAUCGAAUGGCGAGAGAAAAAGGGGUUCAUAACACAAAUAAAUGGUUACAGUUACGCCAAGUAUUUGAAUCAAUGUAUGAAGUGCUAAAAUUACCCAAUGUACAAACAUUUGUUGUUAUUUUAUUAUUGGCAAAACUAGGAUUUCAAGCCAAUGAAGCAGGAACAAAUUUAAAAUUGUUGGAAAAGGGACUCUCAAAGGAGGAUUUGUCAAUUACUGUGCUUAUUGAUUUCCCAUUUGAAAUGAUAUUUGGAUACUAUGCUGGAAGAUGGUCAACUGGUAAAGCACCUUUGAGACCAUGGCUUUGGGGCUUCAUUGGCAGACUAGUUGCUGCAUCGUUAGCACAGUUGAUUGUAUAUUUUUUCCCCCUGAAUGGUCGAGUGACAAAAUCAUAUUUCUUGAUGAUUAUUUUGCAGCAUUUACUUGGCUCAUUCAUGUCAACGAUUCAAUUUGUUUCCCUUUGCGCAUUUCAUACCAAGAUUGCUGAUCCAGCAAUUGGUGGUACUUAUAUGACAACCCUCAAUACAUUGUCCAACUAUGGUGGUACUUGGCCCCGCAUUUUUAUUUAUUUCCUUAUUGACAAAAUUACUUUAGCUAAAUGUAAUCUAGGUCCCGGUCGUCAUAUUAUGAUCAAUUCAGAAGAAGAAAGAGAGCAAUGCACACGUGCUAAAGGUGAAUUAGUCAUGAUUCGUGAUGGGUAUCUUUAUACAAAUGCAUUGUGUAUCACAUUGGGAAUUCUUAUUUUACUUUGGGUUAAAAAGAAAGCGACUCAUUUGCAAAGUUUACCAAAUAGCGCAUGGAGAGUAAAGAAGGACUAG